AAUAACCUGCAUGCUUUAUUUUGUCCUUAGAAGUUUCACAUUUUGAAAGCUGCGGCAUGCAACAACCUAUUUAGAUAGAUAUGUUAGUCCCUGGUUUACUUUUAAAGAGGAGGCGAAGUCAUCAAUGCUCCUAUUUUUUUUUUUUUUUUUGCUAUUUCACUUUGAGUCGCCUUUCACUUUAUUUCGCUCUAUUGCAAGUGUUCACUCGCUUUUAACACGGGUAAUAACAACAUAGUGUGUAGUAUGUGAUAAUAUCUAAAACGUGCUGCUCACCCGAAAGUGAAGUCGCUGUUGGAAUUAACCACUGUCCUUGCCUCAUCCAAUCAGACCAUAUUUUGCGGACAGUGCCUGACAUUAUUCUUGGUUAGUGGGUCCAUCCAGAGUAUUUCCAUGUCACCUUUGGUCAAGCAAGACAACAGAAACUACUCGACUGUAAUGCAUGGAAGGCAAGCCAGUGCUUCACUCAGUGGCCACCGCUCUCAGCAAGACAGUCCACCUACACAGGAGGACCUGUGGCAUCUUCCUGGACAGCUACGAAUAAACCCAUCUCUGUGGAAUAAGGACGAUGUCGCCCACUGGCUCCACUGGGCUGAGAAGGAGUACUCACUACGGAAGCCUGAGAAUGGACGCUUUGAAAUGAAUGGCCGAGCACUAUGCUUGCUCACUAAGGAAGAUUUCAGACACCGUUGCCCUAGCUCAGGUGAUGUUCUGUAUGAAAUCCUGCAGUGCGUGAAAAAGCGACCAAGGGGCGUUGUAUGUGAACCCCCAAACAGAUCUCAUGUCCAAAACACAGAAAAGACCAGAAUCCCUGACUCAAAAGUUGAAGAGCCACUGUCUCCUUACCCAGAUGACACACAAGUUCCACAAAAACAUGAGUUCUGCCCUGAAACACAAGGCCAUAUCCAGGAACCUCUUAAUUUGUCUUGUCAAAAAAAAACUACAGUGGCAAUGCACAGACCCAAUGGCCGUUUGCCAGAGUGCAGGUUACUGUGGGAUUAUGUCUAUAAACUGUUGUGUGAUGACCAGUACCAAGGGUACAUCCGCUGGGAGGACCAAAGCAGCCUGGUGUUCAGGGUGGUGGAUCCCAACGGCCUGGCACGGCUCUGGGGAUGCCACAAGAACCGAGACAAUAUGACGUAUGAAAAAAUGUCUCGUGCUUUGAGGCACUACUACAAACUCAAUAUCAUCAAAAAGGAGCGAGGACAAAAACUGCUGUUCAGGUUUUUGAAAACACCGCAGGACAUCAGGAAAGAGCAGGCUGACCCUCAUGAGGCUCUGGAUCACUCUCCCCUCCAUGACAGUGACUAUCCAGACAGCAGUCCUUCUUAUGAAUUAAGCCAUGAGCAUUUUGAGGUUUCACCGGAUCGUACCUCGCCCCAGUGCUCUCCAGCUGGUCACCCAGUGAGAUGAAGAAACAACACAAAUCACUAUAAAUAGAAUGUGGUAUAACCUGAAUGAUCAAUUUCCUGGAUUAUAAGUAAUUUUUCUCACACUUAUUUUCCUGGCAAUAUAACUAGAGAUUUACUGUGCAGAAAACACUGUGAGGAUGAAAAAGAAUAUGGGCAAACAUGAAAUCAAAAUAUAUUACUGAAUGAUUUUAAGAAUCUAAGUAUGUAUAUAUUAAUGUGUGUGUGUAUGUGUAUAUAUACAGUAUAAAUAAAUAUACACUUAUACCCUAAUAUAUCUAAUGUGUACUCCUAUAUAUUAGGGGUGUUGAAAUUAAAACGGGACGAGAUUUCUCGUUGAGAAAAACCUCAUGAUAAUGAACGAAUCACAAAUGAAAAUGAACUGGAUAAUUUUGCUGGCCUCCAUCUAUUGCCGUCUGCAUGUUUAGGAUGUUGGGAAUGCUACAUUCAGAAUUGUAAGUUAAACAGGCACCCCCACACAAUUUUUAAAAAUGCAAUAAUUUAACCGUACUAACAAAUAUUUUCUAUGUACAGCACUGUAUUUCAUUUUGACGGUGUAAUGACAUGUUUACGCCAGCAGAGGAUGCGUCAUGGUGCUGAGUGAUUCACAGUGUUCCCUAGCCUGUGUAACCUUUGAUAUUGGUCCAGAUUCUUCUAGGUCUGGUACCCGUAACACGUGUGUCGGGUGUCCUUGUCUUUCACCUCCAAAAAGGCAGGAAAAGGGUUCACUCUGUGUAUUGGUUUCAGCACAUAGGCGAAAAUGGUGUGCGCUCACAGAGAGUGUAGUUUAAUACAUCACAGAAGAAAUGUUGCUCUUUAAUACAGUUGAAAAGCCAGCAUAUCAAGAAAUGCUGCAAAUGUUUUAUAGACAUUACAAAUUGCCUGUGAGAAAAUACAUGUGAUAAACGACAAUUCCACAACUUUACAGAGUGACAGAUGAUAUAUUAAAGGAAAUGUUGCAUUGUCAUGAUAUAAUUAUAUUAUUAUUAUGAAUUACGAUGACUUUAGUGGUUUAUUUGUUCUAAAAAGACACUGACAAUAAUAUCUGUUUAGCAUCAGUUUGUGGGACAAUAAA